AUGCGAGCAGCAAAAGCACAAAAAGAGCGCGGUACAACCCACGGGGGAGUGGCAGAAACCGCUGGGGAGUCUGUGGCCACAGGAGCAGCGAAACUCAAGAAGAGGAAAGAAGAAAGCAACAAAAGCGACAAACAAAACCACCACAAUGUUUCAAACAAUGAAAAAAGUUCAACAAAGGACCAGCAGCAGCAGCAGCAGCAGCAGCUUGAGAAUCCCGAGGCUUGCGGAGCCUUCGAUCUCUUUCCCAUAUCUUCCUCAACAAUUCGCCUGUUGCAGCAAAACAAUAUUCACCGUCUUCUCCCUUCACAGUUCCUGACCUUCAAACAAGUCUACGAGGGCUGUGACGUCGUUUGUCGCGCCAAGACGGGGACGGGGAAGACUUUGGCGUUUUGUUUGCCUUUGGUUGAAAAACAUUUCGUUAGAGACAAAAACAAAAAUUCAGAUGCUUCUGGAGAUGAAGAGGAAACAAAAAAAAAUAACAACUCCACAGGCCGUUUGUCGGCAGGCAGCAGAAAGAGAGGCACUCCCGAUUUAAAGGUGAUGGUUAUACUUCCAACGCGGGAGUUGGCGCAGCAGGUGCACGGGGAGUUCGUGCGUUUGUCGGGGGGUCGAUACACCGCAGUGUGUGUUUUUGGCGGGGCCCCUGAGAGUGCCCAGUUAAUACAAAUAGCUAAAGGAUGUCAAGUGCUUGUUGCUACGCCGGGAAGAGUUCUGGAUUUUGUUGAAAGAGCUGCAGUGACACUCCAAGGUGUACAGGCAGUUGUUUUCGACGAGGCCGACAAACUACUAGAAAUGGGAUUUAGAGAAGAUAUGCAGAAGCUGCUCACAACCAUCAACCAACAGAAGGACACUGCUGCUGCUGCUGCGGGGGACAGCACAGGUGGAGAGAAAGGGGUGAAGAGAUAUCAGUUGCUGCUGUUUACCGCCACCUUCCCCAAGUGGGCGCGGGUCAUAGCCGAUGAGUUCAUGAGCCCCGACCGGGCUUUUGUAGAUGUGACUGCUUACCAGCAGCGACAAGCAGAAAGGGAGAAAGAUACAGCAACAGACGCAAACGAUGCAGCAGCUGCCUGUACACCCGGAGGCACCGGUAGCGGAGCGGGACUCAUUCAACAUAUGGCGAUGCAGUGUCACUGGAAAGACCGAGCAAACGCCCUCCCGUUGCUUCUCUCUCUUUUUUGUUGCCCUUCAUCAUCCCCAUCAGCAGCAGGAGCAGCAGCAGCAGAGGAGGAGAAAGCGUUGUGUGUGAUAUUCUGUGAAACAAAGCAAGAGGUGAAUGAGGUAUCUCUGAAUUCGCUGAUCAGCAGCUGUUCUUGCGCUCUUCAUGGGGAUAUGUCUCAGCAGCAACGAGAGGCAACAUUAGCUUCGUUCAAGAAGGGGAAGUUUCAGACUUUAGUUGCAACAGAUGUAGCAGCAAGAGGCCUCGAUGUUGCAGGGAUUCGGUUAGUGAUUCAAAUGGCACCCCCUAGAGAUACAGAAACGUACAUACACCGCGCAGGCCGCACAGGCCGAGCCGGGAGAAAGGGAGUUUCUGUCUUGUUUUACAACCGACAAGAUGCAGAAUUCUUGACGCGAAUAGAACGCGUUGGUAGCUUCUGCUUCAAAAGAAUUGGAUUUCCAUCUGUGGGAGAGCUAAAGAAACAAAGGCUGCAACAGCUCACGCAACAACUAUUCCCCGAGGUCGACGUCGCUGCUGCUGCCGCUGCUGCUGCAGCGAAAGCAGCAAAUGCAGCAGCAGCAGGAAAAACAGAAGAACAAAUCCUCCUGCAGCAGAUCGCCAAGAAAGUCCUCAAGACGGAAGACCCAAAGGAUGUCGUCGUGCGGCUCCUCAGCUGUCUAGCCCAGGACAGACAUGCAGCAGGAGGAGCAGCAGCAGGAGCAGCAACAGGAUCAGCAGCAACAGCAGGUGGCUCGGGUGUAUCUCCACCUCCUGUAUCUUCCUUGUCUGGGCGAUCAGGGUUUGUUUCUUAUUGCAUCACGUUCAAUCCUGCUCCCUCUCCACCGUUGCAGGGUUCAUGUUCCUACGUGUGGCGUGCCUUGAAAAACAAAUUCGGGCAGCAAACUGCUGCUGCUGCUGCUGCUGGGAGGGGAGGCGACAGUGAUGUGCUGGAGAGGAUUGAACAGAUGGUUUUGACUGAGAAGGGAGACGGAGCCGUCUUCGAUAUCCCCGCUGAUGCGCAUGCUGCGUGGGAGGAGCAGGUGGUGGGCCCCUUGAAGGCAGCAGCAGCAAGCGGAGACAGGAGAAAGGGAUUCAGCAUUCAGCUGCUUAGCCAGCUUCCGCCGCUGCAGGAUGCACUGUACCUAGCCAGACAGCAGCAGCAACAACAGCAGCAGCAGCAGAGGCCCAGUCAGUCUUCUGCUUCCUUGCGCCUCAACCCCAAUCACGUUUCUAACCGUAGAGUUGACAAAAAGGAAACAGACAGAGGGAGAGGUGGGAGAGGAGCUGCAGCAGCUGCAAGAGGGCGGUGGCCCCGCGACGGCCAGCGACAGUCAGGAGGUGACACGAAUGCAGCUGAGAGAUACAAAAGAGACAGAUCAGACGCAAGAGAAAACGGAGGAGACAGAGGAUUCAGGGGAGGAAGGGGAGGGCGUCAAGGCAGCAUGAAGCGCCAGCGCGUUGCAUAG